UAUCUUUUCGCAUUCCAUCUGUAGCAGCUAACAACACCUUAUGAUUGUUUGUUUUUCAGAGAUGAGUGAAGAAAAUGGGAGUGAAGGUAAUGAGCAUAAGACUCCAAUUCCAAGGUUGAAUGAAAGGAUACUCAAUUCGUUGUCAAGGAGAUCUGUAGCAGCACAUCCUUGGCAUGAUCUUGAGAUAGGACCAGGAGCACCUUCUGUCGUUAAUUGCGUUGUUGAGAUAACAAAAGGAAGUAAAGUCAAGUAUGAACUAGACAAGAAGACUGGUCUGAUAAAGGUUGAUCGUGUCCUAUAUUCAUCGGUGGUCUAUCCACAUAACUAUGGCUUCAUCCCACGCACACUAUGUGAAGACAAUGACCCAAUUGAUGUUUUGAUCCUCAUGCAGGAACCAGUCGUCCCUGGUUGCUUUCUUCGUGCAAGGGCCAUUGGGCUCAUGCCCAUGAUUGAUCAGGGAGAGAAAGAUGAUAAGAUCAUCGCGGUGUGUGCUGACGAUCCAGAAUAUCGCCACUACACUGAUAUCAAAGAGCUGCAGCCUCAUCGUCUAGCUGAGAUCCGGCGCUUCUUUGAAGAUUACAAGAAGAAUGAGAACAAAGAGGUGGCUGUCAAUGACUUCUUGCCUUCCACUACUGCUCAUGAAGCCAUACAGCACUCCAUCUGAGGUGUGGUGCAGGGAUCUUUAUGCACAGUAUAUCUUGCAGACUCUGAGGAGAUGAAGAAUGGUGUACUAUUUAUUUCAAUAAUUCCUUGGAAGGGUGAAGGAGAUGAAGGCUCUUCUCUAAUUUCUGUUGUCUUCAUUUUGUUGAUGAUUUUUUUUGGUCAGAUACUAAAGAAAGAAAAUGCAUGAUUCUUUUUUUGGGUAAGUUAUAUAUGAUUCUCUUGUUGUGUGCUCA